AUGCGUCUUCCACUGCCCGGGAGCCCAUCUUCCUCCUGGGACGCCUACGCCGCCCGUUUGAGUGCCCUCCGGAAGCAUCCCAGCAUGAAGGUCGUCGUCGCCUUUUGGCUAUUCGGCCUCAUCAACAAUGUCCUCUACGUCAUCAUCCUCUCGGCCGCGCAGGACCUCGUCGGGACCGUCCCCAAGGGUGUCGUCCUCCUCGCCGACGUGGUGCCCUCCUUCUUCACCAAGCUCAUCGCGCCGUACUUUAUCCACCACGUGCCGUACCGGACCCGAAUCCUGAUAUUUUGUGGCCUGUCCGCCGCGGGCAUGGCCCUCGUGGCGCUGACGCCGCCGCAGACGUCCGUCGCCGUCAAGAUGGUCGGCGUCGUGCUCGCCAGCCUGAGCAGCGGCGGCGGCGAGCUGAGCUUCCUCGGUCUCACGCACUUUUAUGGCCACGCCAGCCUCGCCGGCUGGGGCUCUGGUACUGGCGCCGCGGGGCUCGUCGGCGCCGGGCUCUACGUCGCCAUGACCGAGUGGUGGCGCUUCAGCGUCCGCAGCAGCCUGCUCUGCUCGGCCGCGCUGCCCGUCGUCAUGCUCGUCAGCUUCUUUGGCGUGCUGCCGCACGGACCGCUGCUCAAGGGCGCGACGGGCAAUGCGGGCUACGGCGCGGUGCCGGGCGACGACGCGGCGGACGACGAGGAGGAGAGCUCGGCGACCGCGGCGCUGCUGGAUCCCAACCGUGCGCCGGCGGCGGGCGCCGGCUUGUCGGAACUGUCGGCUCUGAAGGCCAACCUUAGACGUGCAAAGUCACUCAUGGUUCCCUAUAUGCUCCCGCUGCUCCUCGUCUACGUCGCCGAGUAUACGAUUAACCAGGGAGUCGCGCCAACGCUUCUCUUUCCUCUUGCCGAGUCGCCCUUUGCCGAAUUUCGCGGAUUCUAUCCAUUCUACGGCUUUCUCUACCAGCUCGGUGUCUUUGUGUCGCGAUCAUCUAUAUCUUUUGUGCGGAUCCACCAUUUAUACCUCCCAUCCUUUCUCCAGAUUGGCAACCUGGUUCUCUUGACGCUGCAUGCCAUGUUCUUCUUCAUACCCUCGGUGUACAUUGUCUUUAUCAUCAUUUUCUGGGAAGGGCUACUAGGUGGUGCAGUCUAUGUGAAUUGCUUUGCAGAGAUUAUGGAGAAUGUGCCCGAGGACGAGCGCGAGUUUAGCCUGAGUGCCACGACCGUGAGUGAUAGUGGUGGGAUAUGCAUUGCAGGCCUGAUAGGAAUCGUCAUGGAAACCGGGCUCUGCAACUACCAAGUCGCCCACGGCCGAGACUGGUGCAAGCAGAUCAAGGUCCAGCACGGAUAG